GCGAGUGUGUGAAAGUUCAGGGGAAAGAAACUUGUGGCGUGGGAGAGCGUGGGAUACGUCUCGGAUCAGCGCGGAGCAGAUGGGCGGCCUGGCUGCAGGACCCGUGGAGAAGGAGGCUUCCUGAGGAGCAGAGGCACUGCGGGCGUUGGCGGGUCCCAGGAGCUCCUGGGUCGGGCUGGAGCAAGCCGAGAGGCGGGGGCUCGCCGGUCAGCCCUGGGGGACGGGGCACGUCGCCUGCCCUCUCUUCGGAGGGCACCGUUAGUGUGCCGUAGCGAAGGUGUUGGCACUCCGGUCUGAAGGCACCGGGUGGCUGCAGGGCCCUCAUCGGGGGGGCAUCAACACCUCGCAGGUGGCUGCUCGGUGCUGGGUUUUCUGCCGUGAGCAGUGCCUGCCUUUGUCAGCACGGAGUUAACGCUGCCGUUUUCUUGUCCAGUUACUUAUUACCAUGCGAUCAUCCUGCAGCUGUUUGUCAGCUUUGAUUAGGCUUAAGCUAAAUAUUUUUCUGUUGCUAGUAAAUGCUGCUACCUUGCUGCUCAUCUUUUUUCUGAUAUUACUUACAAAUACGUUGAGGAGCACUGGCUCUUUUAGGACUUCACUUGCUGCAUUUUUCUCUUACUUCCUAUGCUUUUACCAGCUGUUGAUUGACAAGAAACGGAGCUUUUCUUUAGGAUUAAUUGGAGCAGUCUAUGCAAAACUCUUCUUUGGGGUUUCAGGCGAACCAUUGAUCUUACUGUUCUUGUCCAUCUGUUUGUUUUUGUUGCGAUUUUAAUAAAUUGCAUAACAAUUUGCUUUAAGCAACCUUUUUGAAAGUAUGUUUCAGGCUUCAAGUUCACCAGGUUAAAUAAUGUGACACUUUAUUUCCUGCACUGGUUGUUCAGCAGCAGUGUUUUAAAGCUGUCAAGUUCUUGGGUGAGUACCAUUAGUGCUGGUGAUCUGUUGGCAUCUCACUCACAGGCGUGUUCUGAAGCUGUCUCUGUUCAUGCUGCAAUUUGAGAUAAUUCUCCAGGUGGUUUUCUUUUUCCCCGUGUAGAAAAGUUUGAUCAUUUAUGCUUAUAGGGGAAACAAAGGAAAUUCUGUAUAAAAAUUGAGCAAAAAAAAAUCAAAUUAAAUUAAUUUCAGGAAUCCACGUCUGGUAAGACUAAAGAGACACGUUGAAGUGAGUGAGACCUAGGGGGAAUCUUCACCUGUGACAUAGCUGCUGAAGUGGUUGCUCUGUCACACUUCCACUACAGACAGGAUGUUACAGGAAAGUCAAGGAUUCAAAAACGCUUUCUUUUUGGAAACAAGAAGGAUAAUAUACUACUCUCAGCAUUUCCAUGUGUUUCCACUUAGUAACUAAGUGGAAAAUGUUCAAUGUUUUAUUUUAUCAGGAAUAGGCUUAAAUAGGCUUAAAUAAAAAAUCCGUAAAUCUUGGUAAUUUCCUCCCAGUUUCCAGGAGGAGUUGCCUGUGGUGAUUUCUGGCCCUCCGAAGUUCGUUUUUACUGGUCUUGGAGUACUGAAUGCUCUGAGAGUGUUCUAGAAGCUAGGUGUGUCCCAUCAUCAUGUUCUGGAAGUUUGAUUUGAACACAACAUCGCAUGUGGAUAAGCUGCUGGAUAAAGAAGAUGUGACACUGCACGAGCUGAUGGAUGAAGAUGACAUCUUACAGGAGUGCAAGGCUCAGAACCGCAAGCUGCUGGACUUCCUUUGCCAGCAGCACUGCAUGGAGGAGCUUGUCAACCUCAUCACACAUGAGCCCCCUGUGGAUAUGGACGAGAAGGUCCGCUUCAAAUACCCAAACACGGCCUGUGAACUGCUGACCUCGGAUGUGCCCCAGAUCAACGACAAGCUAGGAGGGGAUGAAACUCUACUGAAUAUCCUCUAUGACUUCUUGGAUCAUGAGCCUCCUUUGAACCCGUUGCUUGCCAGUUUCUUCAGUAAGACGAUUGGGAAUCUCAUUGCAAGAAAAACAGAACAGGUGAUUGCAUUUUUGAGGAAAAAAGACAAAUUUAUUAGCCUGGUGCUAAAGCAUAUAGAUACAUCAGCAAUGAUGGACCUCCUGCUUCGUCUCAUCAGCUGUGUGGAGCCUGCAACUCUACGGCAGGAAGUACUGAAUUGGCUUAAUGAAGCAAAAAUUAUUCAGAGACUUGUGGAACUGAUCCAUUCAAGCCAGGAUGAGGAUAGGCAAUCAAAUGCUUCCCAGACCCUGUGUGAUAUCAUAAGACUGAGCAGAGACCAGAGCAAUCAACUCCAGGAUAUACCUGAGCCUGAUCCACUUCUCACAGCACUGGAAUCGCAGGAAUGUGUGGAGCAACUCCUGAAGAAUAUGUUCGAUGGAGAACAGACUGAAAAUUGCAUAGUGAAUGGGACACAAGUUCUUCUAACGUUGCUGGAAACAAGGCGCUCUGGGGUGGAAGGACUGAUGGACUCAUACACUCAGGGAUUUGAAAGGUCUUACACUGUCAAUAGCAGCAUCUUACAUGGUAUUGAACCAAGGCUAAAAGAUUUCCACCAGCUGCUGCUCAGCCCUCCCAAGAAAACAGCAAUCCUAACUACAAUUGGUGUCUUGGAAGAGCCACUGGGGAAUGCUCGUCUUCACGGAUCUCGUCUAAUAGCUGCUCUGCUUCACACAAACACUCCCAGUAUUAAUCAGGAACUAUGCAGACUCAGUACCAUGAAUUUAUUACUUGACUUAUUUUUUAAAUACACAUGGAAUAACUUUUUGCAUUUCCAAGUGGAAUUGUCCAUAGCAGCUAUUCUCUCACACUCUGUGCAAGAGGGAAAAACAACUACUAAUGACCUAGAAAGCAAAGAAGAGGUGCUGAAUGGAAAUGUGGCCACAGAGAACUUAGAGGCUCCAGAAAACAAUACCGAGAAUAUCAUGGUUACUCAUUUGUUCCAGAAAUGCUGCCUAGUGCAAAGGAUAUUGGAUGCCUGGGAAGCCAAUGACAAAAUACAGGCAGAAGGUGGAAUGAGGCGAGGCAAUAUGGGCCACCUCACCCGGAUAGCCAAUGCUGUGGUACAGAACAUGGAGAAGGGCCCCAUGCAGACUCAGAUUAGCGAGUUCAUUAAAGAGCUACCUGAAGACUGCAGAGGGAGAUGGGAGAGUUUUGUAGAAGAGACGCUGAUGGAAACAAACAGGAGGAAUACAGUGGAUUUGGUGAGCACUCACCAUCUGCACUCUUCCAGUGAGGAUGAAGAUAUUGAGAGUGCUUUUCCCAAUGAACUUUCUCUCCAACAGGCCUUCUCUGAGUACCAGAUCCAGCAGAUGACAGCUAACUUUGUGGAUCAGUUUGGCUUUAACGAUGAGGAAUUUGCAGACCAGGAUGAUAAUAUAAAUGCUCCUUUUGACAGGAUUGCAGAGAUAAACUUCAAUAUAGAUGCAGAUGAUGACAGUCCCAAUGCUUCCCUCUUUGAAGCCUGCUGCAAUGAACGAAUCCAACAAUUUGAUGAUAAUGAGGAGGAAGAAGAUAUCUGGGAAGAGAAGGAGAUAACCUAUGCAACCCAAGUUAAAUCAAGAACACGGUUUGGAGCAUCUCAGACCUCAGAGAGUUCAUCAAAAAGCGAUCUUGAGAAUGGAGAUCAUGACGGUAGUGUGGACUCGGAAGAAGAGGAGGAAACAGAACAGCAGGUGCCUCCUUCCUCAGCAAACAGCAACAAGAAUAAUGUUUCUGAGCAGAAAGAUUCAGACUCUUCUGAAGGGUCUGGAUGGACAGCUGUGUUUGAGCCCGUGAACUCAAAGCCCCCUGCCCCCUGUGUUGCCAUGGAUGUUGGAUCAAGUGUAUGGGAUUCAGCAGCCCCAGAGAACACCACGCCAGAGGAGAAAGGAUGGGCAAAGUUUACAGACUUCCAGCCUUUCUGUUGCUCAGAAUCAGGUCCACGAUGCAGUUCUCCUGUGGACACAGAAAGCAAUGAUUCAGAUGGAAACCCGAAGCAGAGUCAGGACAAGAAUUCCAGCGCUGCCUCGCCCUGCGUUUGGAACGUCUGCGUUACGAGGAAGGCGCCGCUCGUGGCCUCGGACAGCAGCUCCUCCGGCGGCUCGGACAGCGACGAGGAGGACGACAAAGCCGAUGUGGUCACGGAAACCAUCAGCACAGGCUCAGGCCAGGAAACCAUCAAGCUGACCGUGGAUGCUAAAAAUGAGAAGGCAGUUUUCACCAGUGAUGCAGACUGCAUGGUUAUUGAUAAGCUGGCCAUCACGGACAUCGGAACGACAAAAGCUUCCAAACCACUGAACAACAUGGCCCAGCACCCGGAGGAACACCAGAACACAGCGGCUGUUACAGCUGUCACAGAAACAGCCACAAAAGACAGGAAAGAAGAAGUCUUGCCCUGUGCUGAAGCCACAUUAAAUGGCCCUGCUUGAUGAAACAGAUGCAAUGGGACGUGUGUGAUCCAGGCCAGGCUGCUACCUGGUGAUGCAAUUUGUCAAUUUUUUUUUCAUUUUAAUUUUAUUUUUUAAUAAAUGCUGCAUUGAUGAGAGAGCUGGCAUUCAGGACCAGA